GUUUUAAUUACUAAUUGAGUGAAUGAUGAGUGAGGAAGAGGGAAAAAAUAGAGAGGAAAUUCCCGAGUGCUCGAAAACAGCUGUUCUGGUGGAGAGUCGACCGCUCCCAGAGGAUACGCCACAGGUCAAAGGGUAUGACUUCAAUCGGGGAGUCGAUUAUCACGAGUUAUUUGGGACGUACAAGCACUCGGGGUUUCAAGCCACGAAUUUUGGACUUGCUGUUGAGGAAAUCAACAAAAUGCUUGACGAGCGGGAAAAACCGCUGGGGGAGGGACAAGAUGAAUAUGAAGAGGAUGAAUUCAUCAGGAGAAAGAACUCCUGCACGAUUUUCCUGGGGUACACCUCGAAUAUGGCGUCCUGUGGAGUCCGGGAGUCCAUUCGUUUCCUCGUGCAGCACAAAAUGGUCGAUUGCAUUGUGGCAACUGCUGGAGGGGUCGAGGAGGAUAUUAUAAAGUGUCUGGGCCCCACGUACAUCGGGAAAUUCGAGUUGGAGGGAAAGGAACUGCGGGAUCGGGGGAUAAAUCGAAUUGGAAAUCUCCUGGUACCAAAUACUAAUUACUGCCUCUUCGAGGACUGGCUGAUGCCUAAAUUGGAUGCCAUGUUGAAAGAGCAGGAAGAAAAAGGAAUUGUCUGGUCUCCAUCGAAAAUAAUUCAAAGACUGGGGGAAGAAAUAAAUAAUCCAGAGUCAAUCUACUACUGGGCAGCUAAGAAUAAAAUUCCAGUGUUCAGUCCAGCCUUGACUGAUGGCAGUCUCGGUGACAUGAUGUAUUUUCACUCCUUCAAAAAUCCAGGACUCAUCGUAGACAUCUUAUCGGAUUUGAGGAGAUUGAAUACGAUGGCUGUGAAAGCUGUGAGCACUGGAAUGAUUAUAAUUGGGGGCGGCUUGAUUAAACAUCAUAUAUGCAAUGCAAAUUUAAUGAGAAAUGGCGCGAAUUUCUCAGUAUUCCUGAACACAGCCUCUGAGUUCGACGGGAGUGACAGUGGUGCACGUCCCGACGAGGCCAUCUCCUGGGGUAAAAUUCGGAAGGACGCAAAUCCCGUAAAAAUCUACGCAGAGGCGUCACUCGUGUUUCCUCUCCUGGUGGGUGAGACAUUCGCCCGAAGAUUCCACCAGAGAGCCUCAAACCCCUAAUUACAAUCCUACAAAUCAUCCCUCACCCCAG